AUGUCGCUCUGGAGUUCCUAUCGCAACCUCUCCCCGCGCACCCGCCUCCUCUUUGGAGCCGGAUUGAUGGCCUACGCCACUUUUGGAUUGUGGUGGUCUCCAAAAAUCGAGGAGGCUUUAGGAAUGGUCCCAACUAAGGAGGAACAAGAGGAGUUAGAGCGCAAGAUGACCAUCAAGGUUUCGAGCGUUGAACGGCAGAUACCGAAGUGA